AUGGCACCUACAAAUAAAUACCCAGCUAAGGAGAGAAUAGGAGUCUCCAAAUUUGAAAGGGGAGGUUCUUAUAAAAAGAACAAGAAACAAUCCAAGGAUAAAAAAUUAAACUCAAAAUUACAAAGAAUAGAUAGACAAUAUAAAGAAGCCCUUCAAUCAGCAGCAGGGACCGACUUGUUGUUACAAGAAGAACAAGGGUUCUUGGAAGCUGAAAAUGAUAUGGAAAAGACAUUUAAAUUUAAACAAGAUGAAAUAGUAGAGGCAGUUGAUGUCAGUACUGCAAAUAAAAAAUUUGAAUUAAAAUUAACUGAAUUUGGUCCUUAUACUAUUGAUUAUUCCCGUAAUGGUCGUGAUUUAUUAUUAGGAGGUAAAAAAGGUCAUGUUGCUUCUAUGGACUGGAGAAAGGGACAAUUAAAUUGUGAAUUACAUCUUAAUGAAACAGUUCACGCUGUGAAAUAUUUGCAUAAUGAUCAAUAUUUUGCUGUGGCUCAAAAGAAAUAUACUUUUAUUUAUGACUAUCAAGGAACAGAAUUACAUAGAAUGAAUCAACAUAUUGAAGCUACUAUGUUGGACUUUUUACCCUAUCAUUUUCUUUUGGUUACUGCAGGAAAUACUGGGUUUUUGAAAUAUCAAGAUGUAUCAACUGGUCAACUAGUCAGUGAAUUAAGAACUAAAAUGGGCCCAACUCAAGCUAUGAAACAAAAUCCAUGGAAUGCAGUCAUGUGUCUAGGUCAUGGAAAUGGUACUGUUAGUAUGUGGGCUCCAAAUAUGCCUGAUCCAUUAGUUAAAUUACAAGUUGCAAGAGGACCUAUUCGUGAUUUGGCUAUUGAUAGAGAAGGUAAAUAUAUGGCAGUUGCAGCUGCUGAUAAAUCCAUAAAAAUCUGGGAUAUAAGGAAUUUUAAAGAAGUUGAUCAUUAUUAUUCACAAACUCCUGCUACAUCAUUAGAUAUCUCAGAUACAGGUUUGCUUUCUGUUGGAUGGGGUCCUCAUGUCACAGUAUGGAAGGAUUUAUUUAAAGGAAAACAUGUUUCUACACCAUAUAUGAACCAUUUAAUUCCAGGAUCUAAAAUCCAAAAGGCCAAAUUUGUUCCAUUUGAAGAUAUUUUAGGUGUUGGACAUGAAGAAGGUUUUAGCAGUAUAAUUGUUCCAGGGGCUGGUGAAGCCAAUUAUGAUGCUCUUGAAUUGAAUCCAUAUGAAUCAACUAAACAAAGACAAGAACAAGAAGUCAGAUCAUUACUUAAUAAAUUACCAUCUGAUUCAAUUGCUCUUGAUCCAAACGUUAUUGGUACUGUUGAUAAACGUGCUAGUACAAUCAGAUUAAAACCUGGUGAAAUCAAUGAAUUGAACAAUGGUAAAGACCAAGAGAAGGGUAAAACAGAAAUCAAGCCUGAUGUUAAAGGUAAAAACUCUGGGUUAAGAAGACACUUGAGAAAACAAAGACAAAAUGUGAUAGAUCAAAGAAAAUUGAGAAUUGAAAGAAACUUGAAAUUAGAAAAAGAAGCAAGACAAAGAAAUCAUAAAUUGGCUAAAGGUAUACCAGAAGAGAAAGAUUUAUUGGGACCAGCAUUAUCAAGAUUUAAAUAG